GACAACGCGUCAUAGCAGUGCCAAGUCAUAUGACCUAGUGCAAGCUCACGGAAACAGAGGAAAACAAAGGACUGCUCAGCUGCGCUAUCCCUCGAGAUGGCAGAUAAGAACUUUCGGUUAUUCUUGUUCAUAACACUCUGUACGGUCAUUACAUGUGAUGGGAGUGUAUCCCUAUCUGCUCCAGCCACUGUAAAUCUGGAGGAGAAAAGUUCAGCCAAUAUCACCAUAACGCCUAGCUCUCCUCAGAAUGUCUCAACACUCAUUAUUUUUAACUUCACCGACUCCUCUGCAAAUGUUACCUCAAUACUUAAACUGCCUCAACAGGUAGAGUUGCCUGCAAACGCCACAUCAAGCACUUUUGAGGUUCAUGCAGAACAUGUGGGUCAGGUGACAGCCUAUUUAUACAGCAACAACACUGGCAUUGCAAGCCAUAAGACCCGAAUCCGUUUCUUGGUUAUUAGAAGCAACACUGUUGAUAUCAUUAACCAAGUAAUUGGUUGGAUUUACUUCCUAGCAUGGUCUAUAUCAUUCUACCCUCAAGUAUAUGAGAACUGGAGAAGAAAAAGUGUGGUGGGGCUGAACUUUGAUUUUCUGGCACUCAACUUGACAGGAUUCAUUGCCUACAGUGUCUUCAAUGUAGGCCUCUUCUGGGUUCCGUACAUGAAGGAAGAGUUUUUGAAGAUAAAUCCAAAUGGUGUAAACCCAGUGGAUGCCAACGAUGUGUUCUUCAGUCUCCAUGCAGUUGUGCUGACUCUUGUAUAUGUCUCUCAGUGUGCCAUCUAUGAAAGAGGAGGGCAGAUGGUGUCCAAGAUUGCUAUUGGCCUUCUGGUGAUUGGUUGGACGUUUGCCCUGGUCACCCUCUUUGUUGCUGUGGCCAGUAAGAUCACCUGGCUGGAAUAUCUCUACUAUUUCUCUUACAUCAAGCUAGGUGUCACCCUCGUCAAAUACAUCCCACAGGUCUACAUGAACUAUCAAAGACAAAGCACAGAGGGUUGGAGCAUUGGCAAUGUGUUGCUGGACUUCACAGGAGGCAGCUUCAGUCUCAUUCAGAUGUUCCUUCAGUCAUAUAACAAUGAUGAAUGGAAGCUCAUCUUUGGGGACCCCACAAAGGCAGGACUUGGCUUGUUCUCCAUAUUCUUUGAUGUGGUGUUCAUCAUUCAGCAUUACUGUCUGUACAGACAUAAAACACAUUAUGAGCUUGUGGUUGACCAGGAAUAGGCUAAUUGUAAUUGACUGUUUACCUCUGCCAGUGAGUCCAAACGAUUUACUGAAGGACUAAUAUAAGGGCUUUCUUCUAUGUAGUGUUCCCAGUCAUUGAAUGGGAAGCUAUUUAGACACAGGGGGGCCAUACUUCCUCGUCUCAAAAUGCGUCAGCCAAUUAAAAUAUUUGGUGUAGUUGCACGUGAUCAAACACUAUUGGUACUUUCAAGACAACUGGGAACUCUGGGGGUUGGGGGGAAUGAGGUUGAAUCAUGACAUCAGUGAUCAAUCUACAGGUCGAAAAGUCAAAGCUCUAGAAAGAGGCUAGAGUUCCCGACUUGGAAUUCCGAGUUGGAAGACUGCUCAAAAUAUAUUUUCCCAGUCGUAGAUAGCGCACCCCCCCCCCCCCCCCCAGUUGGCAGUUGUAUUGAAUGCUCGGAAGUGUCCGAUUUUCCAGGUUCCGGUUGUUUUGAACGCGGCAUUAAUGUUCCCUUCAGAUAACCUGUCAGAUUUAGGCUGCUAUUCCAAACACUUAAAAGACACACCCUCAGCCCUCAAAUUAAGUGGACACUUCUGAUGACGUAUUAUUACGUCUGAUGAGUUGACACUUGCAGGGCAAGGGAAGGACGAAUUAAUUUGAAAUGGACUGCUCUUGCCAGGAAAUGUGUCACUCGUUCAUCCCACGGUUGUGUUUUCAGUCAUCAUGGAACUGUUGCGUGUGCCUUUUAUAUGCUCUACAGUCAAUUAUGAUUGCAUUUCAUAUCUUGGCUAGAAGACAACGCCUCCGCAGACAUUGAAAGUUAGCCUUCCAACUAUAUCUGGAAAUUACAAUGUAUAAGUGUGAUGUCAGGGAAAGUUUAUAUGCGCAAGCAAACGUUUCCAAAAGCCAACCAAACAAAAACAUCAUGACUUUUAUGAUGUGUUUGAGCCGUCAUGUGCAUUAGUAGCAGAAUGUAUAACUUAUUUACAUUUGUUUCUACUUACACUUGAAUGUUGACUUCUCCAUAUAAUGUUGGUUUUAAGUUUUGGCUGACGUUUCUUAGUGGAUGUACAAUCAUCGCAAAUUGAAUAUGGGGCUUUUCAAGCCCUGGAGUGAACAUAAUUGUAAACUCGAUCAAAAGCGAGGGCAGAAGGGCUUACGUUGCCAACUUCCCUUGCUUAGCUAAUCAUUUGGACCGACGACAAAGGAGGCUGCCGUGAUUCCCCCAAUUUAGAUAAAGGUUACAUUUAAAAAAUAUAUAUAAUUUAACGUGCAUAAGUGGUGGAGGGUGUUUAUUUUAUGGGUUUGGAAUGCAACCUUAGCAAAAGGCUAACUUGCAUAGCUGGCCCGUGAUCAUAUCUGGUUCAAAUGCUGUAUCGAUCAAUUCAAAUCGUUGACGUAGUUGGACCUGAUCGAACACGUUUUGAUGAAAGUGUCCUUAACAAAAGUCCAAUGACACGUUCUGAUAAUCAAAGCAACUAGAUCACGUGUGUUUGACUGGACUGGUCAAACACACGUGCUAACUCCAGGUUGCAGAUUGUGGCAAGGGUUUGAAUCUCAUGAGUUUAUUUUCCCCUUUUUGAAAUGCAGAAUUACUUUUUGUGUCAGUGUGUUGAGAAGUGUAGCCAAAACCAUGUGAAUGAAGAUUACGCAUACAUUUAAUGAGGAGCUUCUUGUUGGAGUCCCUCUUGCAGACCGAAACAGGCUACUGGCACUGCUACAUAAACAAUCGUCACUUCUAUAAACUAUAUUACAUAGAUGUUAGUGCUGUGCGAUUUUAACCGGCAUCGGUUCAAUUAUUUGAAAUUCUAUUUAUUUCCGUUUUAUUUCUGUGAACUAGAUGUAACGUUUCUAUACAGAUAUAUUAGAUCAUGCAUUUCCAACAGUCCAAUAUUCUACAUAGUUUAGUGCAGAAAACAUGGUGAUUAAUUACAAUGAGAAUAAUCCAUUGCGUGCCAGUUUAAACUUGUCUGGUCUGUCCUGAGCAAGGCAAUGGGGUGCGUUCGUAAAUUCAUUUUUGCUAUCUACACUGAUUUCAGAGCACUCUUGUUUGAGUGUGCCAGAGUGCAGAAUAACUGAUAUAAUUUACGAAUGUGCAACACCCGUUGAAAUUGAAAGGUGUCAGUAAAGGUUGGGGGAAAAAAACGCAAAUAAAUUGUUGCUAGCAGCACAGUUAGUCACUAAUGCUCUAGAUAACGUGACAACAGCCUAACUAGCUCUGCUAGGGCAAGUAAAAUGGUGAGUGAGGUGUUGUCUCAUUUGUGUGUGGAAGUAGCUAGCCAACUUUAGCCAGUUAGCUUUGGCACUUAACUGCCGUUGUGAGGUCAGAACGCUCAGAUUGACCCUACUCCUCGGCCAGAGGGUCCAGUGUGCGGCCUGAACGCUCCGAGAGUGAAACGCUCUGAAUUUACUUGAGUGAUAAUGCCAGAGAAGCCGGUGUUUUGAAGAUGUAUUGGCACAGGUGUUUCGUCUUGGGCCUGCAAACCGUGCCAUUAUAUCCUCCGAACUCCGGGUUCGAGGGCAUUAUCACUUUUAUACAACAGGUUACCAACAUAUUCGAGUAAUGAUUGACAUAUUUUCAUUAAUGUUAUUUUGAUAAAUGUAUUCAUAUUAUUUCAUCCUUCCGCAAGAUAUAGUCCAGACACAAAUCUAGGGUUGCUACCCAAGCCGGCUGGUCAUUUCUUCUAUGAGACCCAGUCGUCCAUAGAUUCUGGGAAAAAAAUAAUUGAACAUGACCCAGUCGUUCGUUCUAAAUGUGCCAUAACCAUACUGGCUCGCAAAAUUCGUAUCCCUUGCCUGCUCUAGCUAGCCAUAGUUGGCUAACUCACAGUCACGUCAAACAGUGCUGCCAGAAUAACAACAGUAGCUGCAUUUGCUUUUGUUAAAGCUGUUUUCUAGUGAUGACAUGUAUUUGGACAUCCAUAACAAUGAGCUAAUGAGGUGUGAUUUUGCAUAGCAUAGAAAAUGUGCUCUCCCAUCAGGACAGUUGUUCAGAGGUUCAGAGCUUCAAUGCCAUACAACACUCCUUCCGUGGCCUCCAACUGCUCUUAAACGCUAGUAAAACCAAAUGCAUGCUUUUCAACCGUUUGCUGCCAGCACCCGCACGCCGACUAGCAUC